CCAUGGCGCGAUGGCGUCAUAUCCUUGUGAUUUGAAUAUCCGGUGGGCGGGACUUCGCUGUACUGGAGUAGUGGAUUUGAUCCCGGUUGACAGAACUAUGUUUUAACCGUUUGUACGUGCGAAUACAGUCCAAGACUGCUCACAGAUCAAACGUAAGUCUCGUUCUGCUUCUUCUUCUGGAACACUAAAGUCAUGGCAGCAAAUAAGAGCAAAAGCCAGAGUUCGCUGGUUCUGCACAAGGUGAUCAUGGUGGGCAGCGGCGGCGUGGGGAAAUCUGCUCUGACGCUGCAGUUCAUGUAUGACGAGUUUGUGGAGGACUACGAGCCCACGAAGGCAGACAGUUACCGGAAGAAGGUGGUGCUGGACGGAGAGGAGGUGCAGAUUGAUAUUUUGGAUACGGCGGGGCAGGAAGACUACGCCGCCAUCAGGGACAACUACUUCCGCAGCGGAGAGGGUUUCCUUCUGGUGUUCUCCAUCACAGAGCCCGAGUCCUUCAGCGCCUCGUCAGACUUCAGGGAGCAGAUCCUGAGAGUGAAAGCAGAGGAUGAUAAAAUCCCUCUGUUAUUGGUGGGGAAUAAGUCUGAUUUGGAGGACAGGAGGCAGGUGUCUGCGGACGAAGCCCGAACCAAAGCGGACGAGUGGUCCGUCCAGUAUGUGGAAACAUCAGCCAAAACCAGAGCCAACGUCGAUAAGGUCUUCUUUGAUCUGAUGAGGGAGGUGCGGACGAAGAAGAUGUCUGAGAACAAGGAGAAGAACGGGAAGAAGAGCGGCAAGAAUAAGAAGAGUUUGAAAGAGAGAUGCAUGCUGCUUUGAGCCACACAAAACGCUUGAUUCUCACGUCAAGCCUUCCUGUCCUGGACUGAGCCGUUCUUCUGAUGAUGAGGAGACCAGAUCUUCCUCCUGCACACUUUUUCUUGCCAAAUACAAUCAAACCAGAACCUUAAGCCACUGUGCCGACCACAACUACAAGGCUUUUUAAAGGUUUUCCAAGUUGCCAUAAUAUCAAAUCAGUGGCGAAACUCUAAUCUGUGAAGUGUGUAUGCUUUAUAACUUUCCAAAGUUUUUUUUUUUUUUUUACUUUCAAACACAAUGAAUAUUCAUUAUGCUGCAUCUCUGGGCCUCAUUCGUGAAACAGGAAUAGAAUACAUUUUUAAGUAAAUUGUUGCAUUGAUUUAAAUCUGACAAUUUGCGACAAAUUAUUUAGAAAUGAAUCCUGCGUAUGUUUCAUGAGUUUCUUUUUCCACUAUGUCACUCAUAUAUAUAAAUCUUUUUAUGCUCAAUACUCUCUUAUCCGCCUUUCCUUAAGGAAUAGGCAACAGACAUAUGCAAUAUUUUGUUUGUUUUGAAUGCAUUAUCACACAGCUGAGGAAGGUGAAUGUAUGCUGUGAGAUUGACUGAUUUCACUACGCAAGCUCACCAAAUGUGUCGCUUUUAUUAUAAAAUAGACACACAAUUGAAAUUAUGAUAUUUUUGUAAUCCAACCACUUUAUUGAUUUCUCCGCCUGGGGAUUAUAGACCAAAUAAACCUUCUCUGAAUUUGUUA